AUGGCUUGCUCCUGGCAGGCAGUGCUGGCCUGCAGGAAAUACCUCAUCAUCAUCCUGGUGCCCCUCGUGUUCCUCCCUCUGCCUCUGGUGCUGCCUACCAAGGAGGCACUGUGUGGCUAUGUGAUCAUAGUGAUGGCACUUUUCUGGUGCACAGAGGCCCUGCCUUUGGCUGUCACAGCUCUCCUGCCCGUCCUGCUCUUCCCACUGAUGAAUAUCAUGGAUUCAACAACAGUCUGCCGGGAGUACCUCAAGGACACCAACAUGCUCUUUUUGGGGGGCCUGAUCAUGGCCAUUGCCAUCGAGAGCUGGAACCUGCACAAGCGAGUGGCUCUGAGGGUGCUGCUCACCACCGGUGUCAGGCCAGCCCUACUCCUGAUGGGUUUCAUGGUGGUGACAGCCUUCCUGUCCAUGUGGAUCAGCAACACGGCCACCACUGCCAUGAUGCUCCCCAUAGCACAGGCGGUGAUGGAGCAGCUGCACAAGUCAGACCUGGAGUCUGCGGCCACUGGCCAAGUGUCUGAGCACCAACACACCAACAAAGCCUUUGAGCUGCAGGAAAAGUCUCCUGAUGGCUUCACAGAAGCGGAGGAAAAAGGUAAUUCUCAUGUCCUGACGGUCGAGGAAGGGACGAAGAGAGCUGAAACUGAGAAGAAGCACUCAGAUCUCUCCAAGGGAAUGUCCCUCUGUAUUUGUUACUCAUCCAGCAUCGGAGGGAUCGCCACUCUGACUGGGACAACACCAAACCUGGUGCUGCAAGGACAAAUUAAUGACAUCUAUAAGGACAACGGUGGCAUCAUCAACUUCGCCUCCUGGUUCUCCUUCGCCUUCCCCACCAUGCUGGUGCUGCUGAUUUUGGCCUGGAUUUGGCUGCAGGUCCUCUACUUGGGCUUCAAUUUUAAGAAGAAUUUUGGUUGCAGUGCCAGUCCUGCCGCCAAGGCUAAGGAGAAACAGGCCUACGAAAUCAUCAAGGAAGAAAGCAGGAAGCUGGGCAAAAUGAAAUUUGCAGAAAUAGAAGUUUUGAUCCUCUUCAUUCUCCUGGUGGUGCUGUGGUUUACAAGAGAACCUGGCUUCUUCCCGGGCUGGGCAACAGUUCUCUUCAGCAAAGACGGUACAAGCUACGUCACUGACGCUACAGUCGCGCUCUUCAUUUCAAUUUUGCUCUUCAUCCUCCCUUCUGGCUUUUCCAACCAGGACAGAGACGAAGAGCAAACGGGGGGCAGGGCGAAGUUCCGGGCUCCUCCAGCUCUCCUGGAGUGGAAAGUCGUUCAGGAGAAGAUGCCAUGGAACAUCCUGUUCCUGCUGGGAGGUGGCUUUGCCUUGGCCAAAGGCAGCGAGGAGUCUGGUCUGUCUGCAUGGCUGGGUGCCCAGCUGACCCCCCUGGAGAGCAUCCCUUACCCGGCCAUUGCCUUCAUCCUGUGCCUCCUCAUCGCCACCUUCACCGAGUGCACCAGCAACGUGGCCACCACCACGCUCUUCCUCCCCAUCCUGGCUUCCAUGGCUGAAGCAAUUUGCAUCAACCCCCUCUAUGUCAUGCUGCCCUGCACACUCUCUGCGUCGCUGGCCUUCAUGCUCCCCGUGGCAACUCCUCCCAACGCCAUUGUCUUCUCCUAUGGACAGCUCAGGGUUAUUGAUAUGGCCAAAGCUGGGUUUGUACUCAACAUUCUGGGAGUUCUGAGCAUAACUCUGGCCAUCAACACCUGGGGUUCAUCCUUGUUCCAGCUGCAAACAUUCCCAUCGUGGGCAAACAGGACAGGGACGUGUCUGUAA